GUCAUGCUGAAGAUGUACCUUCUUUACUUUUUUGGAUUCUUCUUAGUGGGCAGUAUUGUUCUAGCCCAACUUCAGCCUCAGCAGAAUGCCACACUCAACACAACUAAUAUUAAUGGGAAUGCUACUAGAAGACGUAUAAUGGUACGGAAAUUGCACGCUGAUGAUAAGCAGGGUAAAGGAAUGAUGCGCAUAGUGAUACACAAGAUUGCACCCGGACAUUCCUACUACAAGGUGUUCAAUGGCGAUGAGGAGGCAGCUCGAGGAUUCACCAACAAGAUAUGGAAUCGUUUGUUUAAUCGCUAUAGUACAAUGCUCAUAUAA